CUUUUUUACUUCCACGCCCGGCGGCGGCUCAUGCCCCUCAUUGGAAAAGUAUUUAUUUUAUAAAUUUAAUGUUAAUUACGGGAAAAUGGAUACAAGAAAGCUGACCGAAAUUUUGCGCGCCACCAUCGACCCCAACCAAAGGCAGCAGGCGGAAGAGCAACUCUCGCAGAUACAUAAAAUAAUAGGCUUUGCUCCAUCACUGCUGCAAGUUGUUAUGUUAAAUGAAGUGACCAUACCAGUCCGUCAAGCUGGAGUAGUAUACCUCAAGAACUUGGUGACAGCAGGAUGGCAAGAGAAGGAGGUAGAAGAGGGGGAGCCCAUCCCCUUCAGCAUCCACGAGCAGGACCGCGCCAUGAUCAGAGACAACAUUGUCGAUGCUAUAGUCCAAGCACCGGAAAUCAUUAGAGUUCAGCUGUGUAUCGCUCUCAAGACAAUCAUCAAGCAUGAUUUCCCCACUCGCUGGACACAAAUUGUGGACAAAAUACACAUUUAUCUACAAAACCCUGAUGCAAACAGCUGGAUGGGAGCCCUGCUUUGCUUGUACCAGCUCAUCAAAAACUACGAAUACCACCAGGCUGAGAAGAGGGUACCAUUAAUAGAGGCUAUGAAUCUGCUGCUCCCAAUGAUGUACAAUUUAAUUGUCAACCUCCAAGCAGAUCAGUCUGUGGAGUCUGUACUUGUCCAGAAACAAAUACUCAAGUGCUUCAAUGGCCUAAUAAAGUACAUUCUGCCUCUGGAUCUGAUCACUCGGGAGGUGUUUACCAAGUGGAUGGAAGUGCUGCGGUCAGUGAUGGAGGUGCCGGUGCCUGAGCACACAUUGCAGGUGGACGAGGAUGAACGGAUGGAGCUGCCUUGGUGGAAAUGCAAGAAAUGGGCAGUGCACUCUCUUUACCGGUUAUUUGAACGGUACGGCAGUCCGGUGAAUGCCCGUGAGGAAUACGUUCAGUUUGCUGAGUGGUACCUGACCACUUUCACUGGUGGGAUCCUCGAAGUGCUGCUCAGAGUUCUGGACCAGUACCGGAACAAGGUCUAUGUCUCCCCGAGGGUCCUACAGCAGACUCUUAGCUACAUUGAUCAAUGCGUGACGCACGCGCACUCGUGGAAGCUGCUGAAGCCUCACAUGUUCGCCGUCAUCCAGGAUGUUCUGUUCCCGCUCAUGUCGUACUCCGAAGCGGACGAGGAGCUCUGGAACACCGACCCUCAUGAAUACAUACGACUGAAAUUUGUCUUGUCCAUGGCUCUAGAUAUAUUCGAAGACUUCGUUUCACCUGUGACUGCAGCUCAGACUCUUCUCAUAUCCUGCUGUAAAAAGAGGAAAGAUAUGUUGGAGCGCACAAUGAACCUGUGCAUGCAAGUGUUGACGAGUCAGAACGGCGAGUAUGGCCCGCGGCAGCGGGACGGCGCCCUGCACAUGGUGGGCACUCUCAACGACAUUCUUAUGAAGAAGAAGUAUUACAAGGAGGAGAUCGACUCGCUCCUGAGCCAGUACGUGUUCCCGGAGUUCCACAGCAACCUGGGGCACAUGCGCGCUCGCGCCUGUUGGACGCUGCAGUGCUUCGCGGCAGUACGGUUCAAGAACGACGCGCUCCUCAUGGAGGCGGUGCGGCUCGCUGUCAACGCGCUCAUCAACGACACGGAGUUGCCCGUCAAGGUGGAGGCUGCCAUCGCCAUACAGAUGCUGCUCACCUCGCAGGAGAAGGUGCACAAAUUCCUCGAGCCGCAGGUCAAGCCCGUCACGUCCGAGCUGCUCAAGCUGAUCAGAGAGACAGAGAACGACAACAUUGCAAAUGUGCUGCAAAAGAUCGUGCCAUUGUACACGGAGCAGCUGUUGCCGAUGGCGUUCGAGAUAAUGGAACACUUGGCGACGACGUUCAGCAAGGUGAUCGAGACGGACUCGGGCACGGAUGAGAAGGCCAUCACGGCGAUGGGGCUGCUCAAUACCAUGGAGACCGUGCUCAACGUGAUGGAGGACAACCCCGAGAUCAUGGCGCAGCUCGAGAAGACCGUGCUGAGGGUCGUCGGGCACAUACUGCAUCACAACAUUAUUGAGUACUAUGAAGAGGCCAUGACACUGCUGUGCAACCUGACCGACAACGCGAUAUCGGAGGACAUGUGGAAGGUUCUAGAGCUGCUGUACCAGGUGUUCGAAAAGGAAGGCUUCGACUAUUUCACAGACAUGAUGCCGGUGCUACACAACUACAUCACAGUAGACACUAACGCGUUCCUCUCCAAUGAAAACCACAUAUUGGCUAUGUUCAACAUGGCUAAAGCUGUCUUGAAUUCGGACUCAGAGGAUGAGUCCGAGAUUUACGCGGCGAAACUUCUGGAAGUAAUGGUGCUGCAGUGCUCCGGUAAGAUCGACAACUGUCUGCCGAGCUUCGUGGAGCUGGUGCUGAAUAGGCUCACCAGGAAGGUGAAGACUUCAGAGCUUAGGACUAUGUUGCUACAGGUUCUUAUAGCAAUCCUGUACUGCAACCCUCACCUGCUGUUCACGAUCCUGGACAAGCUACAGGAGGCGGUGCCCAACGCCUCCAUCACCCAGCACUUCAUCAAGCAGUGGAUACACGACACCGACUGCUUUAUGGGGCUGCACGAUAGGAAACUAUGCGUGCUAGGCAUAUGCACGCUGCUAGAGAUGGGCCCGCAGCGGCCGACCCUCGACGAGGUGCUGCCCAAGCUGCUGCCGUCCUGCCUCGUGCUCUUCGACGGGCUGAAGCGCGCCUACAAGUCGCAGGCCGAAGCCGACGAGGAUUCCUCCGAGGAGGAAGAGGAAGAAGAUGAAGAUGAAGAGGUGUUGUCGAGUGACGAGGACGACCUAGAGGAGAUGAGCAACGAGUACCUGGAGAAUUUGGCGCGGAUGGCGCUCAAGAACAGCGCGAGCCAGGGCGUCAACAUGACCGCCAAGAUCGACAACUACGAGAGUGACGAUGACGACGAUGAUGAUUACGACGCUGACGACACAGCCAUAGAGUGCUACACAACACCGCUCGAUGACAAAGACUGCCCCGUCGACGAGUACAUCAAAUUCAAGAGCACACUCACUGCUCUGUCAACAACGGAGCCGGCGUUGUACCACGCGCUGACGAGCGGACUUACCGAGGAGCAACAGACACAGUUGAACGCGGUGUUCGUGCUGGCAGAUCAGCGCAAGGCGCAGCAGGAUAGCAAGCGGAUCGAACAGAGCGGCGGAUAUUCGUUCACGGUGCCAGCGCAAGUCCCGACCACGUUCAAGUUCGGCUCAUAAUGUGCGGCGGCCCUCACUUGGCCCCACCCGCGUCCCGCGCUAAUCUAAAUCCUUUCGUCGUUAAAACUAUUUUUGUUAGCUUGUUUUUGUAAUCCCCACUGUAUAGCAGCCGAUAGCGACAUCAUUUACGUUAUGAAAUACGUUUAUGUAUAAUAAAUUAUUAUUAACAACAGAUUUCAUAAAUCUUAAAAGAUUCUUUUAUUUAUUUUAAUAUCAUAAAUUGGGUGGCAUAGAGCGAACAUCAUUGUGCAGGCUGUGAUAAAAUAUUGGGAAGCCGAAACGAGUCAAUUGGAAUUUUGUUCUUUUUUAAUACAUUUUGACCAACUUAUGGGUCUUCAUUGACGUUCUAAAACGAACGUUGAGCAUUUAUUUAUUAAUCACAAGCAUUCUUUCAAAUACAUGUUACUGCUUUGAAAAAGUAGCAUUUCGUGGGUUCGCGAUCGCAAGGAGCUCAAUGGUGAUUUUACAAGAUGAAAUGGUUCGGUAAACGCUCUAUCACGGCCUUUUAUUUUAAUUUCACAUUAUACAAAGAUAGCCUUUUGUUCAAAAGGUCGGCAAAUUACAGCAAGUUGUAUGUUAAUCAAGAAAAUAUUACCAGAGUUUCUUGUAGAAUCAUCACAGUCUUGCAAUUAUUGAAGGUUUUUAUACGCGUAUUUAAUGAUAUUAUAACAAAUAUUUAGGCCUUCUUCAAACGGAUCUAUUUGCGGGCGACUUGGGAUUGGGAUUGUAUCCUACGCGUAGCUCGUGGUGCGCAUAUAAUUUCGCUGGAGUUCGCACACGGCACACACACGCUCACUGUGUGUGGUGUGAAAUUGUUUGGCGACAAAAGGAGUGACGCGUAGGAUAUAUGUACCAAACUCGAGUCGCUCGCAAAUAGUCCUGUGUGCCGAAGGCCAUAAUCUCAUAAUUAACGGAUAUUCACUGCAAGAUGACUACAAAGGUAAGUUGGUCAAAGUAUAUCAAUUGUUAUAUUUUUAUUUGUAAUUAAAUUAGGUACGAAAUUCGUUUCGGUAUUAUCAUUAACAUUUUGUCACACCUAUGUUGAACUGAAAUGAGCUACAUACUAGAUAUAAUAUUGUAAGAAGUAAAUAGAUUGUGUAUUCUAUCAGUAAGUAAAAUACUAAAGUGGAAAAAUCUGAGUCAUUGACACCACCUCUACGGCAUAAUGAAGAAAGUCUUGUUUUGUCAUUAUCUACACCACGUUCCUUAUGGCGUUUAUAAUAGUACUAGCACUAGCUAACUACGCUAUUAUCCUCUUUUUCUAAAGUUGAACAAUCCAAGAUAUAAGAAGAAUAGUAGAGAUAGAAAUAUUUAAGCACUAUUCUUCUACAGAAUAAUUAUAGCCUUUUACCGCAAAGGGCAGCGGAGGUCCGUGUUGAUCUAUGUAUUACUGUGGUCGUCAGUGACGUAAUUUUUUGGGCACCUCUUUUAAUUCAAGAAAUAUGAUGUAUAAUUAAAUUACAGAUCUGAUUAUGUGGAACUAUUAAAAGUUGACAAUUAAAAUAAGUGAAGGAUAAUGACGUUAUCAAGGUAGUGUCUCCUCAAACAGGGCUAUUUCUUAUUUCUUAUUCAUCCUUUAUUAUUGAAUUUAAUGUUGUCCAGAAAAAUAAAAAAUAGCCCUGCGUAUGGUCGCACUACAUGACGUUAGCUGCAUACGGGCAAAGUAAAUAGGUUGCUGUAAGAGACAACAUUGAAAUCGCUAAAAACUAAUGAAUUUCCGGUAAGAAUUUGUGUAUAGAGAACGCCAAAUUAAACUUUAUAAAUCGGAAGAUGGCGUAUGACACGAGUCAACUCGCAUUUCGCGCUGUUGACGUAAUAGGCAGUAUAGAACUUAUGGGGGCUUACGUCUGACAAGACGCGCACGGGACGCCGCGCAUCUCAGCGAGGUGUACGAUCGCGAGCAUUAUUAAUAUGUAUAUGUCGCAGUCGGAUUGUAUAAUCCGCUGUAUUACAUUACGGCUAGCUGUUUUCAAAAACAGGGCCGUUUUGUAAUGCGGCGGUUCAACGAUUAGCCGUAUUGUCAUUAAGAUACGUUCUCCAAUAAAGCGUUCCACGUUCAGCCGCAUUGUACUACUACUUAAAUUGUAGGGAGACUAUAAUAUUUUUUCCUAAUUGCACUUGAAAAUUGUUCUUAAAUUCACUAUUUACCGACAUAUUUAACACGUUUCCUUUAUUUAAUUCACUUGUAACUUCGCUAUUUAAUAACACACUUUCUGCAUCCAACGCCAUUGUUGUUGUUAUGACAGGCAGCGCCAUGAGUGUUAAGAAUCGUAACUAAAAACUGUCAAAGAGGCGGCUAAUCCCUCGCCUUAUUACAUUACGGCUAGCCGUGUUGAAUGACGGAAGGCGACGAAUACGUUUCGGCAGUUUUUUACUUAGCUGCAUUCAAUACAGCUAAUCGUUGAACCGCCGCAUUACAAAACGGCCCUGUUUUUGAAAUCAGCUAGCCGUAAUUAAAUACAGCGGAUUAUACAAUCCGACUGCGACAUAUACACUUUGGUACCAUGUCACAUUAACUUUUUUGACAAAUUGAACUGUCUGCGUCUCACUAAAUGUCAAAUAUGUUAGUGCGACAGAGUCCUAAAGUGGGUACAUUAUAUUGCUCAUGACUGUAUGUACGGCUGGCGCGGAUGUCUUGUAUAUCUUCGAUACUUUAUACCGAGUGGAUUAGCGAGUUUUAAAAUAUUUCAUAAAAUUUAAUGAAGACAAAAUUGGUGAAUACCUCACUUAACUAUGACUGAGCAUUUUACUUACGUCAAAAGCUCUUAAACAUUAUUAAUAUAUUUGUGUUUUAAUCAUGGAUUGAUUAUGUAAUAUAUAUUUUCGAAUCAUAUCUAAUGCGUUUUCCUGUGUAAAUAAAUGGCUACCGAAUAAAAUACGAGAAUGUUUUAGAUAAAUAAACUAUGAUGAUUAUGCGAUAUGUCACGACGAAUGUAGCGAUGUUGCUAGGUAGACGGACAUGAUAUUGUUACUCAAAACAUAUUGAACAUUGCUGUUUGUUUGUAUAAAUACUGAAUGGUUAAAUACAUCACUUAAACGGUGCAACAUAUCUAGCCCCACGUAGUUUUGUGGACACAACUAUGCCUGAGAUAAAUGAACUGUGUCUUGCCAGAUUUUAUUAUGUUGAAACGUGGUUAGAACUCCUGAUGCAACCUUUAUUGUCAGUCCCAGACGGCAAAUGCAUUAUGACCUACGUCAAUAUAUUUUUAUUCAGUUUGCCAAGUAAUGUGCAACUUUUAUCAACUGAACUGAUAGCUAUAGUAGCUGUUAUUUUAAGCACAUACAUGUAAAGUUGAACCGUAGCUCCGGAGGGUGCUAUGAUUGUUGAUUACCAACACCCAAUACGUAAUAUGCUAUAAUGAUAGUCACACUUGCGUGUUAUUUUAUAAACAAUAAGAAGACACCUCAAUAAGAAGCACACGAGUUCGUCUAAACGUUUGUCAUAUCAAUAAAUAUUUUUGUUUAGUUUAAGGUAGUGCUUGAAUGUAAUAAUUGAUUGCUUAUUUAAUUCACAUAAUGUUUCACUAUUAUAUAUUGUUAUAUUGGCUUGUUCCGAUUGAUUGUUACUGUUUAAGAAUGUCAUUUUAAAGUUUUACGGAGAUGUUUUAAUUCAAGGAAAAAGGGGUUUCCUUCUGAAAUUUGGUUCGUGAACUGUUGUUCAACAACUUAUUGGCUUUUACAACUUGGAUACGAACACUGCUAUUUUAUUUGAUUUUGCAGCUUAUUGGAUCAAUAGCCAUUUAAUUAAACUAUUCGAAUGAUAAGUUUCUUAUCGCUACAUUCGUCGGAGAAAGUUUACGUAAUCGGUGUUGAUUAUUGUAGUGUUAGGAUGCACCUAAAGUAAAGCAAAUGAGUUGUUGUAUAGCAGAAGGUUGCACAUAAUGCAAUCUAUGUUACUAAGAUACCGGUGCUAAUUCCUGCAGACACCGCCUAAUUUUAUAAGUUAUACUUUUCAUUUUCUUAUCCGCCGAAAGGGAUAGGGGACGGAUGAUUACCAGCUGUGUGAAUUAAAUUAUUACCCGGACAAAUCAAAUAGGCAUCUCGCUGGGAUCCAACCCGACCUGGGGUGUUAAUUAUAUUGGGUUAUACGCCAACAUUUCUAAACGUAAAAUUCUGAAAGGUUGAGGAUUUCUGCCUCAUACUGACGUGUGUUCCGUAGGUUUUUAAUUAUUUAUUAUUAAUGUCGAUUAGCCGUUCCCUUCCCUUUUCUUUUCGACGGAUUAGAAACACGGUAUAACUUAAAGAAAUUAGGUGUCUGCUGGAAUCAGCGCCACUGAAUGAUUAUAUAUAUAUAUAUUAUGUAUACACGUAAUGUUGCAGUUUUCCGUCGGAGAGCACCAUGUGCAUAUUAAAGUUGUGAAGACAUUAACAUGAUUCAUCAUCAGUAUAAUCACUGAGUCGACAGAGCAUUUUUUGUAUUAUUAUUCUAUAUUGCAGCUUAGAUGUAUACACAAUUAAAAUUAAACUGUAUUUUCUAA